AUGCCAUCAGGUAGUAGAUCAGUGUCUUUGUCUUCAGGGAAAGACUUGAAAUAUCACCAACCACAAAGUUCCACCGCGUCAUUAAGAUCGACAUCAAUUGGGUCUUCGUUUUUCACUCCUAAUAACAACGCCCCCGCCCACGCUCAUGCCCACGUUCCAACAUCAAACUCAUCUUCAAGCAAUGAACCAUCUUUUCUUAAUGGGGAGAACACUUCUGCCAAUUGCACUAAUUCGACUGAAUCAGAAGACAAUGAAUUGAUCGAGCCUAGUAAAGAUAUUGAUAUUGUGGGUGCAAUAAGUACUUUGCAUUUAGAUGAUGAUGAUGAUGAUGAUGCUACUGCUACUGACACCAACAGCAUUUCUGGUGUUAAAACUGGUAACAAACACAACCCACAGUAUGGUUCUAUAACACCACAAAGUCUUGCUAAAACACGAUCUGGAAAUAGCAAGAAUACUUGGAAUAUAACCCAACUGGCUCCUCCACAACCAAUAAGAUCAAGUGUUAGUGAAAACGGUAGCCAUCCUAAUGACCAAAGUGUUUUUGUCAAACCUUUUGAAUUGCCAGAAUCUCAAGAAGAUGCCAGCAAAAAGCAAACCACUAACGGUUUAAACUUGCCGUUAUUAGGAAAAAUUUUGGACUCCGAAGGAGUUAAGGGUAAUGAUCAGAAUACACCUUCUAAUAAUACUCAGUUUUAUGAUGGUGCUAUUCCUUUUGUACCCAUAAAUCAUAAUGUUAGUGGUAAUGGUAACUCACAAAUACCUCCACCACCCCUUGGCAACAUUCCACUACCAAUGUCAAGUAUGCCACCACCAUUGCCACCUCAUUCUAUGGGUGUUCCUUCUUUUAGUCCCUUCCCACACCCAUCUUUUUACCAAGGGUAUGUUCCUUCUCCGCCAGCUCACACUCCUAACCCCGGCGAUUACCAAUCCUUUGAAAAGAUUCCAUCUGUGUCAUCGCCAGCACCUCCAGUAAUUCAAGAAUCACAAGCAUCAGCAUCAGCAUCACAACCGCAGCCGCAACAACAACAACAACUACCAGCUAUGUGGAACCCAUUACAUUCACCACUUGUUAGAUUGCCAUUUGGUCAACAACAAUUACAAACAGUAUACUCACCAACACAACCAACACAACUGCCAUUAACACCACAACAGGGCCAACCACAACAGCAGCAGCCCCCAUUCCCUGUAAUGCCACAACAUAAUUAUCAUCAACACAAUCAAUAUCAUCCCCGUCCACAUUAUAGAAAUAAUAAUGGUAUGAUGAAUGUUCAUCGUAAGAAUUUGCGUAGAAAAGAAGAUGGUGCAAAAUAUUCUGAUGCAAAAUUACAAGACUUCACCGGGUCGAUUCUUACUUUAUGUAAAGAUCAACAUGGUUGUCGGUUUUUACAACGAGAAUUAUUUAAUGAAACCAAUGCAACGUUAAUAUUUAAUGAGAUUUAUUUUAAAGUUGUUGAAUUAAUGAUUGAUCCAUUUGGUAAUUAUUUGAUUCAAAAAUUAUUUACCAUGAUUAAUCUUGAACAACGUUUGGUAUUGAUUAAUCAAAGCAGUAAUGAAUUAUUUCGUAUUGCCUUAGACCCUCAUGGUACAAGAUCCUUACAAAAAUUGAUUGAUGUGAUCGAAAACAAUGAAGAAAUCGAGAUUAUCACUCGUAAUUUAUAUUCAAAUAUUGUUGUAUUAUCAAGAGAUUUGAAUGGGAAUCAUGUGGUACAAAAGAUUUUAACCAAAUUUAAUACAAUUAGUCAUAAUGCCAACUCUUCGCAUUCUAGCAAAGAUGAAACCAACCACGAAAAUCAAAAUCAGAAUCAAUUUAUCUUUGAUAUAAUCCAGGCUAAUCUUUUAUAUAUUGCAUGUCAUAGACAUGGAUGUUGUGUAUUGCAAAGAUGUUUAGAUUACGGGAACAAACAACAAUGCCAACAAUUAUCACAAGAAAUUGCCAAACAUACUAUCAAAUUAUCGUUGGAUCCAUAUGGUAAUUAUGUUGUGCAAUAUGUUUUGAACAAGUAUAGUGUUAGUCAGACAAAAAUCAUUGAUGAUGAAGAGGAUAAACAAGUAAUGGAUAAUAUUAUACAAGAGAUUAAAUCAAAUUUCAUACAAUUAUCUUUACACAAGUUUGGUUCUAAUGUUAUUGAGAAAUGUUUGAAAAUCACUCUGAUUUCCAACGAUUUGAUUGAUAAUUUAAUAGAAUUAGAUCAUGGUCAAGCAUUUAAUCAAUUGUUAAAUGACCCAUUUGGAAAUUAUGUUUUACAAACAAGUUUAGAUGUUGCUAAUUUAGAGCAAUUUGAACAAUUGUCAAAGAUUUUACUUCCCUUGUUGCCAAAUAUCAAGUCUACUCCUCACGGUAGAAGAAUAUUAAAUAAAAUCCAACAAUAG